UUGUCUGAAUCCCGUCCUCGUUAUCGUAUACCGGAAAAGGAAUGUUCGUUAGAAGGUGGUGGACGAACUGAAAGACCAUGCCGAUAUGGACAAGAUUGCAGAAACAGAUCAUAUUGUAAAUACUCGCAUGGCACUGACGAUUGGGAUCUGGAGUGCUCUUCGUGGCUGGAAGAUACGGGAUGUGGUGACUGGAAACAUUUUGUUGCACCGAAGUUCAACGCCAGGGUGGCCAAUGGGUUGGCAAUUUUGAGCGAAAAAUCAAUGGAAGGCGAAUAUGAUCGCUACGAGUUGGUAGGAAUUGUUGCAGCUAUUGGUAAUGGUAAUGGACAAUGGACUCAUUCGGUAACACUUAUCAAGGACGAUGUAGACUCGAAGCUUCCUUGGUGCCUGUUUGAUGAUGUGCUGGUAACUCGUGUCCAUGAAGAUGAAGCACUGCACAUGGAUUCCCGUUGGAAGUUACCAUUGAUUCUCUGCUAUGCGAACGAGAAAUCAGGUUUUAUCGAAAGUAACUGA